AUGAAAUCAGGUUGUAAAAAACAAGUAAGGUUUAUUUUGAGGCACGAGUUGCUAGGGAUCAACCAGCGUUGCAUAUUUCGCGUGUUGUUCGGUCAGCAAGAUUUGUUCAGCCAAGUCUUUAUGGAAGUAUUGGAGCGAAGAAUGUCAGGAGCUAACCUGGCUGAUAAUAUAUUGUCAGACUAUGAUGAUCUAUGCUUGGAGAAUCUAUGGACCAGUCCUAUUAUCGGCGAAGACAUCUUUCUCACAGAACCAUAUAAGUGUACCGAACGCUGCAUAUGCCGCCGAACUCCCUUCCAGGAAAGCAGUUACAGAAUAAAUAGUAAUGUGCCAUCAAAUCAGUCAUCUCAGGUGUCAAUGAGGUCUGCAGCCAGCUGGGCAAGCUCCUACUUCGAUCACACUUUCACCGCCCUCGAGCCUCCUCCCGCGGGUUUGCGUAGUGCGUCUUGGGAUGAAGUGUUCGCAAGGGAUUCAAAGCAGCCGAAUGGACAAAACAUCAAAGAAAUAUUCGUAAACGAUCGUCAUCUUCUCAAGCCAGGUGCACUACAAGAUGAUUCGGAUCCUCCGAAACCACUUGAGCCUCGGCAAAAGUUUCAACGCUUCCGUCAGAAGAAGUUUGUUUGCGAUGAAUGUGAUCGAUUAUUCACCAUGAAACAGAAUGUUCAGCAGCAUUUCUUCCAGUACCACAAUCCAUAUCCAAAUGGCGUGAAAAAGAAGCCAGUGAGGACAAUCUCCAAAAGAUUUCAAUGUACAAAAUGUAAUAAGAUUUUCAAAACUCUAGAAAAAGCACAAAGGCACGAAGCACGUCAGCAUGGAGAGACAAUCUCACCAAGUGUGUUUGUUUGUCCGCACUGUAGUAAGGUGUACAAUGCUCACAGCCAACUAAAAGAACAUGUGGAUGUUGUUCAUGAAAAUCUCCGACCAUUCAAAUGUGAACACUGUGACAUGGUCUUCGGACGUGCAGGUGGACUCCGCCGCCAUGAUAUGAUGGCUUUGACCGCACACAUUCGCUCUGUCCAUACUAAGGAUCGACCAUUUAAAUGUUUGUAUUGUGAGAGAACCUUUGUGCGAAAGAAUGAUCUUAAAGUUCACGAGACGACACAUUCAACUCAGAGCGAAUAUGUUUGUAAGAAGUGCAACAGCUCAUUUCGGCGAUCGAUUUACUUGCAGAAACAUGAGAAACGCUGCACAGGCGAACAGGGAAGAAGAUCUACACGGCUCAAAGCCGAACGGAGACCAGGGCCUCUCUUUGCACGAAGCAAUACACCGCUUUUUGGAAGAUCUAACAAAGCUGUGGAUGGAAAAGUUAUCAAGGAGGAGCCUAUGGAAGAUGAUGAAGAAGAAUAUUGCAAGGGAAGCAUACAUUUACCGUAUUUCGUUACUGCCGUGAAAAGUGAAAGCGUUAUUUGUGAAUCACCCAGCAUCGGCACAAACACAGCGAGUGUUUGUGAGGGCGCGAAAGAAAAAUCUGACACUUCAUGGACGCAAGCUGAAAGCACCAUCAAGACCGAGCCGUUGGAGGAUGAAGAUGGAGAAUUAUCCGAAAGCGUUGUCAAAACUGAGCCAUUAGAAGAUGGAGAAUUGUCUGAGACCACAAGCAUAGAUUCUGUAAAAGCUAUCCGCGAUGACAGUUCAAAGGAGAAGAAAACAUCGAACUCGAGGAAGCGACCGCGAAGGGCAGUGCUGAAGCUUCCAAGAAAACCUCGCACAAGGCGGAGCACUAGUAGAAAUAGGCGAAAUCGGCGAGACGUCGAGAAGACGGAACCUAGCAACCACACUAGUCCGCAAAAGAAGAAGGAAGAAAACGCUGUAGAGAAAGAGUCAUCGGAGCAGAAGAUAGUCAAAGAAGAAUCUAAAAAAGAAGAGGUUUCUCGCAAGCGAUUAAGAUAUGAGCCCCGUGAAGAAGCGGUAGCACCGAGAAAACGAGAGCGGCCUGUCGUUAAUGUUUCAUUUUUAUCUCGGGUACAUUCGGAUCUCGACAGACUAAGAGCUCGAAGGGGUACAAAACCCAAGACUUAG